ACUUCAAACUCUUCUCUCCCUCUCUCUUUUCCAAACACACACAGUCGUGAACAAUGGAAUGCUCAAUUUUGAAGCUUGUAAUCGAGAAGGGACCAAGAGAAGGUGAAAGCCUAGAGUAUUCAUCUGGAUCCAUCGUCAAAAUUGGUCGAAUAGUGCGUGGCAAUACCAUCGGAAUCAAAGACGCCGGCAUCUCCACCAAACACAUUUCCAUCGAAUUCGAUAAUGAAUCGAGCAAAUGGGAAGUCACUGAUCUCGAUUCUUCCAAUGGUACAAUUUUGAACGGGCAAAUGCUUUUGCCUAACGUUCCUUCCACUCUCGAAGACGGCGACUGCAUCAAGAUCGGUGAGCUGACGUCGAUUAUUGUGAAGAUUGGAGGAGUUCAAUCGACUAUUCGACCUCAAAGGAACCCUAGGAGGAAAGGAAAAUCUGGAGUUGCUGCUGAUGUUGAGAGGGAGAGGAGUGGAGGAAAAUUAGGGCUCGAUGGUGAUUUGGGGGAAAAUGCGGUGGAGGAACCGGUACCAAAGCGGAACCUCCGCCCUAGAGGUAAGAAAGCUGCGGAUUCGAAGACUGAGGUGGAAAGCUUGAAUGUUAAGAGGACAUUGAGAAGUUCUAAGAAUGAAGAUAAGGCUAGUUCCAUUUCUACACUAAAUCAAAUCUCUGAAGAUACGAGUACAGAUGUAAGACAAGCAGCAGAUCAAGUCGUCCCUGUAGAGCAACGUAAGACACGAGGGAGGAAAAAGCAGUUGCCAGUGCCACAUACCACCGAUGAUCCUGAUUUAGAUAAAGGGAAACCUGCAGAAACUGUUCUUCCAGUAAAUGUCAAAAAGACACGAAGAGGAAGAAAGGGGUUGUUAACUGAGCCUGAGCCAUUGGAAGAUUUACAAACCAGUGAAUCUGUUCGAGCUCAUAUGACAGAGGAGCCAACAUCAACACAAGAAGAUCAUGAGAAAAAUGUAGUAAAGAACAGUGGUUUGGAGGAGAAUUUGGACGCCAACCAUGAGCCUUCUCAAGAUCAUGUUGCAGAGAAAUUGGUGUCAACUCAAGAAAGUUGUGAACAACGGGAAUCCUUGGUAGAUCAAAGUUUAGUGAAGGAGACUAGUGUUGAUACUAGUAGGUGGCAAGAUUUGGAGAAGAUGACAUUAGGCGACUUUUUUGAUUACUUGGAGUGGUACUUACCUAAAGAGAUAAUUGAGAAGACAGAAGAAAUCAUUUCACAAUUACCAGAAAAAAACAGGAAAUACCAUGAGGCUAGGCUUCAAAGAAAUGAAAAGGAUAAAGAAAAGCAAGCUAUGGACUAAAAAUGGAAAUUGCAAAGAGAAUCAAAGCUAUUCAGGUAACUAAUAAUCUAACUUCCACCUCUUAGAUUUGUCAAUCUUUGAGCUAUGUUCUUAUUGUAUCUUUUAGCUCUGUUUCUUUUAGCCUUUAGUCUCUUGUAUUAGGCUUAAGAAAAAGUAGUCUUGAUUGUGCUAUAUGUUGAUAUAAGCAAGUUAGAAUAUUUGGUCAUUGUUAUGGCUUUUCAUUUUGUGAAAUCCAAUGUUUUUUGCUGUUUAUUAGUUAAAAGUGAAAAUGCGAAGUUUAUUUA